GCGGCUGUUGCGACCGGAGGGGCGCGCGCCCGCCCGCCCGCGGGAGCGGAGGACGGCGCCGGGCUGGCCGGUUCGCUGCGCGCGGGGACGGCGGGCUCGGAGGAGGAAGACGGAGCUGAGCCGGAGCCGCUGUAGCUGCUGCUGAAGAUGUCCAACAGUGGCCACGAUCCAGAAGAUAAGCCCCCUGCGCCUCCAAUGCGGAAUACGAGCACCAUGAUUUGUUCCGGCAGCAAAGAUGCGGGGACGCUCAACCACGGCUCGAAACCCCUGCCCCCUAAUCCAGAAGAAAAGAAAAGAAGAGAUCGUUUUUAUCGCUCCAUCCUGCCAGGAGACAAAACCAACAAGAAGAAGGAAAAAGAACGGCCUGAGAUCUCCCUUCCAUCAGACUUUGAACACACGAUCCAUGUUGGAUUUGAUGCGGUCACGGGAGAAUUUACAGGCAUGCCGGAGCAAUGGGCCCGCUUGCUACAGACGUCCAACAUCACCAAAUUAGAGCAAAAGAAGAAUCCCCAAGCAGUGCUGGAUGUCCUAGAGUUCUACAAUUCCAAAAAGACCUCGAACAGCCAGAAAUACAUGAGUUUCACAGAUAAAUCUGCAGAAGACUAUAACUCCUUGAAUACCCUGAAUGUGAAGGCAGUGUCAGAAACCCCUGCUGUCCCCCCUGUUUCAGAAGAUGAAGAUGAUGACAACGAUGCUCUCCCUCCACCUGUGAUUGCCCCUCGGCCCGAACACACCAAGUCUAUCUACACCCGCUCUGUGAUUGAACCUCUUCCGCCAGCCCCCACCAGAGAUGUGACCACUUCUCCCAUCCCCUCCCCUUCUGAAAACAGCACCACGCCCCCAGAUACGCUGGCAAGAAAUGCCGAAAAGCAGAAGAAGAAGCCUAAAAUGACUGAUGAAGAGAUCCUGGAAAAGUUAAGAGGCAUCGUAAGCAUUGGUGAUCCGAAGAAGAAAUAUACAAGCUUUGAGAAGAUUGGACAAGGGGCUUCGGGUACUGUUUACACAGCGAUGGACGUAGCAACAGCACAAGAGGUUGCAAUCAAACAGAUGAAUUUGCAGCAGCAGCCGAAGAAAGAGCUAAUCAUCAAUGAAAUUCUCGUCAUGAGGGAAAACAAGAAUCCCAACAUUGUCAACUAUCUAGACAGUUACUUGGUGGGGGAUGAACUGUGGGUUGUCAUGGAGUAUUUGGCUGGCGGCUCGUUGACGGACGUCGUGACAGAGACCUGCAUGGAUGAAGGACAGAUAGCUGCAGUGUGCCGAGAGUGCCUUCAAGCUUUGGAAUUCCUUCACUCCAACCAGGUCAUCCAUCGAGACAUCAAAAGUGACAACAUCUUGCUUGGAAUGGACGGGUCGGUCAAACUAACUGAUUUUGGCUUCUGCGCCCAAAUCACUCCUGAGCAGAGUAAGCGGAGCACCAUGGUGGGGACGCCAUAUUGGAUGGCUCCCGAAGUGGUAACAAGGAAAGCCUACGGCCCCAAGGUGGACAUCUGGUCUCUGGGCAUCAUGGCCAUUGAAAUGAUUGAGGGGGAACCCCCGUACCUCAACGAGAACCCCCUGCGGGCUUUGUAUCUCAUUGCUACCAACGGGACCCCAGAGCUGCAAAAUCCAGAGAAGCUGUCACCCAUCUUUAGAGACUUCCUUAAUCGCUGCCUCGAAAUGGAUGUGGAGAAGAGAGGUUCUGCUAAAGAGCUUCUCCAGCACCAAUUCCUGAAAAUUGCCAAGCCCCUGUCCAGCCUCACUCCUCUGAUCAUUGCAGCAAAAGAGGCCACAAAGAACAACCACUGAACCCCACCAGCUGAUCAGAAUCCUUUUCCUAACUUUUUUUGUUUUUUUUCUUUCUUUCUUUCUGUUGUUUUUAAGAGACAAUUUUAAAACGUUCAUCUCUCAGGAGUUCUGCCCUGGGCAGGAGUCUUUUAACCUUUUGUGGCUGGGAUCACGAUGGAAGCAAUUUGGAUGGAGGAUUCAGACGUACGGCGUGGAGUGACUCUGAACUCUGCCUUGGAGUGGAAGCGACCAAGAACUCUAGAAAAGGGGUCAACCAUUGUGUUCCUGAACAAAGAGGGUUCUUUAUCUUUUAAUGUAUUGAUUUCAAAAUGAAAGAGAAGAAUAUGACGCAGAAACUUUUUAGAUGAUGUUUUUCCUAAGCAAGUUACAAUUCUCAUUGUCUAGGCAUCCUUUUUACCUUUGUGAGAGCCUGGUUCUUAAACUACUGAAAGAUUGAAUUACUUGAAAACAGGGGCAGGCAAAGAGAAGUUUGGACUGUUUUUAUAAUCUCAAGGGAAAGGUUUUGUUUUUUCCCCUCUGAAUCACUGGAUGUUUGGACCCAAGUCUGCAUGCGUCAAAGAAGAUGUUGAAGUAGUUAGGAUGAACACCACCCGCACCCAUUUUUGGAAGAUUUAUUAAUCAUUGAUCAUCAUGCAAUGUGUUUGGGGUUUUGUGUGUGUGUGUGUGUGUGUCGAUAUGCCUAUGUGUGUGUGUGAGAAACAAAUUGUCCUCUGAUUAAAUUCCUAUGCUAUUUCCCAUCCUAAUUUGCAGUCAUCAGUGCCUGUUUGAUUCAUAGAUAAGAACAGUACUUUCCAGAUGUGUUGGAACUUCAAUUCCCAGCAUGACUCUUGGCCAGAGGGAUUAUGGGAGUUGAAGUCCAGGACAGCUGGAGGGCACUGGAUUGGGAAAAGCUGCUGCAAGUGAUCUUGGUUUCUAUGAUCUCGAAUUAAACAAUACAGAAACUUGCUGUUUUGGCCCUUGCUCAGUGCUGUGAAAACCCUGAGAUGGCAGUGAAGAAAAGGUUAUCGUUUGUAUUUCUUUGCUGCCCUCUAGCCCUAAGAAGGAAUAUAAUUUCCUCACAUUUCAAAAUUUGCAGAAUCAGUAAUUCUGCUUUGUAUCAGGAGUCGUCUAUCUGGUUCCGUGAGCAACUGAGAAUUCAGUCUUUACAGACCGAGAUACAGCUGAGUGUCAGCACACUAGGGCCAUCUGUAACUUGGUAUAGAAAAAAAAACCCUUAAUUUGUGCGAUAUGAAAAUGAUGGAUGCAAAUUCAGCAAGUUUGAAUAAACUAGAUCA